AUGGAGGUUAUUAGCACCUGGGGAGUCAAAAACAAAAUUGAUUUUCUGUCACUUUCAUAUACUCGUCAUGCUGAAGAUGUACGCCAGGGCCUGAGCCAUUUUGAUGAGAUUCUACGAGAAGCUGAUGGUAUUAUCCUAUCUCGUGGUAAUUUGGGCAUUUAUCUUCCACCAGAGAAGGUGUUCUUAUUUCGAAAAUCUGCCCUAUACAAGUGUAAUAUGGCUGGAAAACCUACUGUACUUACACUUGUUGUGGAUAGUAUGACUGACAACUUAAGACCCACUCGUGCUGAAGCCACUGAUGUGGCCAAUGCUGUUUUGGAUGGCAGUGAUGCAAUACUUCUAGGUGCUGAGACCUUGCGUGGGUUGUACCCUAUUGAGACUAUUUCCACUUUUGGCAGAAUUUGUUCAGAGGCUGAGAAGGUUUUCAAUCAAGACCUCUAUUGGUAG